UAGCUGGAAAUCUUUGCUUCACUCUUUGGACAAAUGUGAAGCUGAUAAAAAAUAUUUCAAGUGCAACUUGUGAAAAGGAAUAAGAAAAUAGAGUUGUUUUGUGUGUGAAACCGUGAGCGUGGCAAAACGAAAAGCAUAGCAAAUGUUGUGCAGGGUUUCAAAUAUAUAGCAACAUUGUUAUAUUCCAAAUAUUAAAUUUAUUUAUAUUUAAAAAAUUGUGCAUUCGUGUGAAAUUGAAGUUAAAAUGCCAAAUGCUAUGGAAACUGAGAGCAGGACGAGUGAGUCCAAGAAACCAUUCAAAGUCAAGGACGUGACGCGCAACAUUAAAAAAGCCGUGUGCGCUGCCACUCUGGAAGAGAUACGCGCCAAGGUGGCGGAAAAAUUUGACAAAUGCGAACAACAGCCCACGAUACAUUUGGACUCCGAUGGCACAGAAAUUGAUGAUGAGGAAUACUUUCGCACGCUCGAUGAGAACACAGAGCUGGUGGCAGUUUUUGCCGGCGAGCAUUGGAUAGAUCCCACGCAUUACGUGACCAUAACAACGCAGCGGGCCACAGCAAAUGGUACCGGGGCCUGCAAUGGGGAGAAUGGCGGCGACACCAUCGAUGCCAACCACUCGGAAUCGGCGCGUAUUCAACAGCUUGUGGGCCAGUUGCAGAAUAAUCUCUGUAAUGUGUCGGUGAUGAAUGAUGCAGACUUGGACUCACUAUCGAAUAUGGAUCCCAACUCGUUGGUGGAUAUAACAGGCAAGGAGUUUAUGGAACAGCUUAAGGACGCGGGCAGACCACUGUGCGCCAAACGCAAUGCCGAGGAUCGUCUCAAUCUUUUGAAGCUACUCAAAGCUGGAGCCAUUUUCUGCUCUGAGCGCUAUCCCGAAGAUGCCGAGGCCAUAGAUCGUGAAAUUGGCCGUCAACUAAAUGAAGCGGAACACGCCCAGACCACAACAACUACAAAUGCGAGCAAUGCACGUACCAUUGAGGUGGUGCAAUGUGACAAUCAGAACACAACGAUAACCAUAACUGUGGCCGAUGCAAGCAGCAGCAACACCGCCAGUCCCACCACCAUCUGCACCGCUACCAUGGACAAUACCAACAAUCCCAAAGUUGCCAAUGACGCUGCUAAUGCGGCCAAUGCGGCCAACGCCAAUGGCGACAUCUGACUGCCCAUUUUGGGCAGACUUCGAUGAAUCCUAGCAGCCCCCGGAAAGGCGCCCAACUAAGGUGGAAGGACCAGCACACUUGGCAAACUCGAUCAAAAACGAAUUGUAAUCAAAGCAAAUUUAAAUCAGUCCUGCAACAUUGGGUUAACAUACAAGUAUUUGUAGCAUGUAAUUAGGCGUCAUGCAACAACAAAUAAAACAUAAACUAAAACAAAAUUGCUUCGUAGCUAGUAAGAGCAAAUGAAAGUUAACGGAAUCAUUAGCAUUAAAUCGACCUAGAGAAAGAAUAUUAAUUAAUGAUAAUAAAAGAAAACAAACACAA